CUUGCCGCCAUGUCGUCUUUCCCCGAGCUGUAUUUUAACGUGGAUAACGGCUACCUGGAAGGGUUGGUGCGGGGUUUUAAGGCGGGGGUGCUCCGGCAAGGUGACUACGUGAACCUGGUGCAGUGUGAGAGCCUGGAGGACUUGAAACUGCAUCUCCAGAGCACAGACUAUGGGAACUUCCUGGCCAACGAAGCCUCCCCGCUCACCGUCUCCGUCAUAGACGACAAGCUGAAGGAGAAGAUGGUGGUGGAGUUUCGUCACAUGAGGAACCAUGCAUAUGAGCCCCUAGCAAGUUUUCUGGACUUCAUCACGUACAGCUACAUGAUUGACAAUGUCAUUCUGCUGAUCACUGGGACCCUGCACCAGCGUUCGAUCUCCGAACUGGUACCCAAGUGUCAUCCUCUGGGAAGUUUCGAGCAGAUGGAAGCCGUGAACAUUGCUCAGACGCCUGCGGAGCUCUACAAUGCAAUCCUGGUGGACACUCCCCUGGCUGCUUUCUUCCAAGACUGCAUAUCUGAACAGGACCUGGAUGAAAUGAACAUUGAAAUCAUUCGAAACACACUGUAUAAGGCUUACCUGGAGUCCUUCUACAAGUUCUGCAAGGUGCUGGGAGGUACCACGGCAGAUGCCAUGUGCCCGAUCCUGGAGUUUGAAGCUGACCGGAGGGCCUUCAUUAUCACCAUUAACUCAUUUGGUACUGAGCUGUCCAAGGAGGACCGAGCAAAGCUGUUCCCGCACUGCGGCAAGCUCUACCCUGAGGGCCUGGCUCAGCUGGCCAGAGCAGAUGACUACGAACAAGUCAAAAAUGUUGCUGACUACUACCCUGAGUACAAGCUGCUAUUUGAAGGGGCUGGCAGCAACCCUGGAGACAAGACUCUUGAAGACAGGUUCUUUGAGCACGAGGUGAAGCUGAACAAGUUGGCCUUCCUCAACCAGUUCCACUUCGGAGUCUUCUACGCCUUCGUGAAGCUGAAGGAGCAGGAGUGCCGUAACAUCGUGUGGAUCGCAGAGUGCAUCGCCCAGCGGCACAGGACCAAGAUCGACAACUACAUUCCCAUCUUCUAACCCUGCUUUGCUCCUAUCCGACCCUCCUGCCCCUGGAGUCCAGAGGGACCCCUGUCUAACUCCCUGAGUUAUCCCUUACCCAGACUCCAGGGAUGUCUCAUCUGUGGAACUGGCUCAGAUGAGGAAACUGUACAGUUGCUAGUUAAAUUAUUCACAAGCUGAAGUUCGAGUUGUGUGUGCUGUGAGGGGUCCAGAGGGACCAGUGGCACAGGCUUGGCCCUGUGUAGCAGGAGGGACACCUCCUGUUGUGUAGCUAAUAGUCCCCGUGUUACUGUACUAAUCUGCUGUAUGCGCUUAAGCUCAUAGAGCAAGCACCAGCCGGGGGGUUGCUGCCUCCAAGGGUUUCCCACCGCCGCAGAGGAACACAUCAGGUCUGCCAUGGCCGGGGAUCCUCUCUGUCGGCGCUCUGCACGCCUCCUAGUCAGUGUUCUUCCCGUGAGAUUUAGUUCGAGUGUGAUUUGUUGUGUAGCCGAUGCUGCUGUGCAAUCCCUGCAUCUCCCUGUAGCUAACCCUGACCUGGGAGAGACUGAGCAGCCCUGGCCAGGACUGGGAUGGAGCCUGUGGGAACGCGAGGGCAGAGCCAGAGCGCUUGUGAAGCACGUUCCUCCCCACUCUGGCAGCAUUUGCACUAGUGCAGCCUCAUCGUGUCCUCGGAAGCGGCUCUCAUCAGUCUCCCUCCUGCCCUGCAGCUUGAAAGGGCUCCCUAAGCUGGCUGAGCUCCUUCCUCCCCUGAAGACCCACACCUUGGAGCUUACUGUCACAACCAUGCAAGAGUCGGGGCUUCUUUUGGCUCUGCGGAUGGUGCUGGACCCCUGCACCACCCCGGAGCAGACAUCCAGGCUGGCGCAGCCUCCUCCCCUGCGCAGGGUGUCCGGGCUGGCACUGCCCUGGAGCCGUUGGGCAGAGCAGCCCUGAGGUCUGGCUCCGUUUGGUCACCCUGAUGAGUGCAGAGGGCAGCUGUGGGCAGAGAUGUCCCACGCCCCGUCCAGGCCCUGCCUGUCUGUGGUUAGAGGGUGGGAGCCAAGCCCUGGGCAUGGCAUGGCAUGCCAGCCCUGCCCCUUGCUGCUUUGUGUCCCAGCUAGCUCCCACUUGCGCUUGAGGUCUGGGAGAUGCCCUGUGAUGGUGCGGCAGCGGAGGAGCCUCGCUGGUGGGAAACACAUGCUUGGUGCUGCUGCUGGGAGGGAUUGAUGGAGAGCAGCUCUGUCCCAGCUUGUCCUCUGGUCACCUUUGCAGUGUUUGUUAUCCCGUGAUCCCCUCCUCUCUACACCAAUAAAUACCUGCCU